CGCGCGGUCGUCUCGGACUCGCCCCAGGCUGUGGAGCGGCGCUCGCGUGCCAGAGGUAUCCGAGCCGUGGAGACUUGUGGUUUCUCUGAGUUUGUGGUCUGAGGCGGCAGCACUGAUCAUGGAGACCGGUGCCUCCCGCGAGCCCGAGACGGCCGAAGUGCUGCCCCAGCACAAGUUCGACUGCAGGUCUCUGGAGGCCUACCUACACCAGCACUUGCCCGGCUUUGGGGUCGAGCCCGAGGCCAAGCUGACCGUUGCCCAAUACAGAUCAGGACAGUCCAAUCCAACCUUUUAUCUCCAGAAGGGCUUCCAAGCAUAUGUACUCAGAAAAAAACCACCUGGUUCACUUCUUCCUAAAGCACAUAAGAUUGAUAGAGAAUUUAAAGUCCAGAAAACUUUGUUUUCAAUUGGAUUCCCCGUUCCCAAACCUUUAUUGUACUGCAGUGAUACUUGUGUCAUUGGAACAGAAUUUUAUGUGAUGGAACAUGUACAGGGCCGAAUCUUUCGUGAUUUCACAAUUCCUGGAGUUAGCCCAGCAGAACGCUCAGCCAUAUAUGUGGCCAUGAUAGAAACCUUGGCUCAGUUACAUUCCUUGAAUAUACAGUCACUGCAGCUGGAAGGAUAUGGUAGAGGUGCUGGGUACUGCAAAAGACAGGUAUCAACCUGGACAAAGCAAUAUCAAGCUGCAGCUCAUCAGGACAUCCCUGCCAUGAACCAACUAUCUGACUGGCUAAUGAAAAACUUGCCAGACAAUGACAAUGAAGAAAAUUUGAUUCAUGGAGAUUUCAAACUAGAUAACAUAGUUUUCCACCCUAAAGAGUCUCGAGUUGUAGCUGUACUAGAUUGGGAGCUUUCAACCAUUGGUCAUCCUCUGUCAGACUUGGCUCAUCUCUCUGUGUUCUACUUUUGGCCAAGGACCAUUCCAUUGUUAAGUCAAAGUCCUCAUUUGCAAGAAAACAUAGUAUGUACUGUUUUUAUAGGGAUACCAUCAAUGGAAGAACUGAUUUCAAUAUAUUGCCGCUGCAGAGGAAUUAAUUCUAAUCUUCCUAACUGGAAUUUCUUUCUUGCCCUUUCAUAUUUUAAAAUUGCUGGAAUAGCACAGGGAGUAUAUAGUAGAUAUCUUCUGGGAAAUAAUGCAUCUGAAAGUAGCUUUCAGUUUGCCAAUAUUGUGCAACCUCUGGCAGAAACUGGAUUACAACUCUCAAAAAGAACUUUCAGUACUGCACUUCCACAGACUGAUACUACCAGACAAUUGUUUGUACAGAGUAGGACAGGCCAGGAAGUUCUUACUAGGGUGAAGCAGUUCAUGAAACAACACAUCCUCCCAGCUGAAAAGGAGGUAAUUGAGUUCUAUGUUCAAAAUGAAAAUUCAGUAGACAAGUGGAAAAAACCUUUAGUGAUUGAUAAACUCAAGGAAAUGGCCAAAGCAGAAGGCCUCUGGAACUUGUUUUUGCCAGCUGUAAGCGGUCUCAGCCAAGUAGACUAUGCCUUGAUUGCUGAAGAAACAGGAAAAUGCUUUUUUGCUCCAGAUGCCUUUAACUGCCAAGCACCAGACACAGGGAACAUGGAGGUGCUUCACCUAUAUGGAAGUGAGAAACAGAAGCAGCAGUGGCUUGAGCCUCUUCUUCAAGGGAGCAUUGCCUCUUGCUUCUGUAUGACAGAGCCCGAUGUAGCUUCAAGUGAUGCCACAAAUAUUGAAUGUAGCAUCCAGCAAGAUGGAGAUAGCUAUGUAAUUAACGGCAAGAAAUGGUGGUGCAGUGGAGCUGGGAAUCCAAAGUGCAAAAUUGCAAUUGUUAUGGGAAAAACUAACAAUAACUGUGUAAUCAGACACAAACAACACAGCAUGAUUCUUGUUCCCAUCAACACACCUGGAGUAAAAGUAGUAAGGCCCUUGUCUGUCUUUGGCUACCUGGAUAAUUUCCAUGGAGGACAUUUUGAGAUCCAUUUUAAUCAAGUGCGAGUUCCUGCCACCAAUUUAAUACUAGGUGAAGGUAGGGGAUUUGAAAUUGCCCAAGGCCGCCUUGGACCUGGCAGAAUCCACCACUGUAUGAGAACAAUAGGUUUGGCUGAACGUGCUUUACAGAUCAUGUGUGAACGGGCAAAACAAAGGGUGGCCUUUAAGAAGAAACUGUAUUCACAUAUUGCCUGGGAGGAGCUUCAAGAUGGCAGAAGAGUAAGACAUGGAGAUCACCUUCCUCCCCACAAAUACAUCAGAAAUACAUCUACAUGUGGACCAACCCCUACAGAACACCUACUAAAUGCUGGCAGAAGACCUCAGACCUCCCAAAAGGCCAAAAACUCCCCACGUACCUGGGAGGUGGUGGCUCACUGGAUCGCUGAAAGCCGCAUUGCCAUUGAGGAGAUCCGCUUGUUGACCUUGAAAGCUGCCCACAGCAUUGAUACUCUGGGCAGCUCUGGUGCUAAGAAGGAGAUUGCAAUGAUUAAAGUGGCUGCCCCUCGGGCCGUCUGCAAAAUUGUUGACCAGGCCAUCCAAGUGUGUGGAGGUGCCGGUGUUUCCCACGAAUACCCUCUGGCUAACAUGUAUGCCCUAACGCGAACUUUGCGCUUAGCAGAUGGGCCCGAUGAAGUUCACCUCUCGGCAGUCGCAAAAAUGGAGCUGUGGGACCAAGCCAGAAACCUGAGGGCCAAGGUGUAGAAUUCAUUGGCUCCAGCAUUUGUAUCUCAUUCAGCUUUUGCAGCAGUUUAAGCACAGGAUUAAUUACUCACUUUGGUAAAGAUUUGAGCAUCUGUUUUAAUCAAUGGGUUUUGUCAUUUCAAGGGUCACACUUAAAAUCUUAUAAUUUCAAGGGUUUCAGUGAAAAAGGAAAUUUCAUAGCUGUUGUCAUUCAGUCUAACACCUAAGUGUAUAGCAUUUAUUUUUUAAACGCUCCUCUUGUAAAGAAAUCAUGAAAUAAAUUGGCAAAUUAAAGCAUAGCGUAAAAAUAUUUGCACUUUUUUACUUUCAGGAAUUGUUCCAUUUAAAUAAAUAGUCAAGGAAUAUUUAAUCACUACUUUGUAAAAAAUAUUGUGGGAUCCCCUUUUUAACAUUGGUUUUAGGGGCUGGUUUAACACUUUGUGGUAAUGUUUGCCCUGGAGAAGGAUGGAUGACUGAUUGGGUCAUUUUAGAGUUUGUAUUGCUAUAAGCCUCUUCAUAAUUCAACAGGAAGCAUUUAUACAUAAAAUCCGAUUGUCACUAGAGGACAUGGCAUCUUAUGAGAAAAUAUAAUUAAGAAAAAUUUUAAUUAUGUAUAAAAUGUUGAUGCUAACAGUGGAUAGUUUAACCUACAAGAAAGUUAUGCAGUUUUGAGAGGAGAUUAAAGACAGUAUUCUCUGAACACCAUUCUGUUAAUAGCAACACCCUAAGCCAACAUCAUUGGGGCACUUUAAGUCAGCGCUGCCGAGGACUGCAGCCCGGGCCAUGUUGUAAGUCUUGAGCACCUGAAUUGUGGUCAGCAUAACUGAGGAACUGAAUUUUUGAUUUUUUAAAAAUUUAAUUAAUCUAAAUAUAGAUUCUCAACUCAGUUACUGGAAAACUUUUAAGUAUGCUUGGAAUAACUUGUGUAUGUGAAUUGUCUUUUGCAAAUAUAAAUUUUAUGAAAUCUAAAUAUGGAGCAAGUAUUUUGAAUGAAAAUUUAACAUCCAAAUUAAGAAAGUAUAUAAUAUAUACCAGAUUUUGAAGACUCAGUACAAAAAAAAAUUAGAUGUCUCAUUAAUACUU